AUGCACUUUCAGUCGCACACUCCUUGGGUGUACCUAUCAGCCACCACCGAACCCUCGCGCUGUCGCCAAACUCCAUCUACAGUCCACAUAUCCUACCCCCGUCUUCUCCUACUGCUCAUUCCACCCACCACUAAGAGACUUCAACCAUCAUGGGAUGAGUUGCUCGAUCAUGGAGAUGAACAAUUCGAACUGUCCUUCCCACCCGUUCGUGGUGUCAAUCCUUCGCUCACGCUGAAGGCCACUGUUGUACAUGCUAGCGAUACUCGGGACGGUGCACUACUUGACGCGAGUGACCCAGUUUGA